AUGGUUGGUCAAAUCUGCCUUAGAACCUUGAUCUCCCCUGCCCUGCCUCACAGAAAGGAUACAAUUUGGAUACUGUCGUCUCAUCAAAACUUCUCCUUGCUCAUGUUCAUAAAUGUCACGACAUUCUUUUUUGCGUCGUUGGCUUGGGCUUUUUUCCCUACUUUUAUACCAAGUAUUCCUUUGAGGCCCGUGAAGCAUGACUGUCUGAGCAAUCGUCAUGCGGGUAAAAAGACCCAUGGAAAUACAUGCGAAUCACGGGUUCGUUCAGCUAGAUCUACUUUGAAGCAUGUCAGUAACAGAUUUGAUCUUCCCCUAUUUUUCUCGCUUAAGGAACAGCCAAUUUCUAAGCGGAGCUCUUUUAAGGCAAUUGCAUCAUUUAAAGUAAAAGAGAGUUUCUAG